GAAUUGUGGCGCACAAAAAUGACACUGUGGAUCCUUUUAGGGUUAUGUUGGGUAUAAUAUAGCUAGUGAAUUCGCUACUAUGCCCGCCCUCAGAGUGAACAUUCUUGAGUAAUUUUUCAUUUUUCGUGGAUCAGCGUAGCUAAUGGCGUCCUCUCCACAAGCUGGCUCCGUUGCUGAGGUUGUUGGACGAAAUACGGAACAGCGAGGCCUUGCCAUCAUAGUCACCAACGACUACAAGGAUGUCGCCGACUUGUCUACUCUCAAUGGUACCCACAAAGACGGCGCUCGUAUGCAAGACGUUUUCGACAAACUGGAAAUUGCAAACAUGUGGAAGAAAAACGUUACUGGGGACGAAAUGAAACGACUACUGAACGAGAUAGCGCAACUUGAUACCCUCCCUCAAAGCUACCACAGUAUUUCCUUCGUAUUCGCAGUCCACGGGGACAACGAGGAACUCUCUCUGCAAGAUGGAGUCAAAAUGAAAGUUAACGACAUCGUACGUGCACUUUGCCCGGGCCAAGCACCAAAAAUAGGGGUUACUCCCAAGCUGUUUUUUAUUGAUGCUUGCCGCGGCCCAAAAAAGAUCAAACCUGUUUCUGUUCCAACUUCGCAUAGUUCGGACCUUAGCCCCCGCGGUGCAACCAAUCACAUCAACGUGCCUGAAAAGGGAAACUUUCUCAUUGCCUACUCAUGCAUCCCAGAUCACAUGGCUUAUGAGAGCGAGGAAGGAGGAGUAUGGUUGACGGCAUUGGCAAACGCACUGUUGAGAAGCAAAGAGAGUAUUGAGGUAGUGCUGACAGAGGUGCGGGAAGAGCUAGAUCGUAAAUACAAAAGCCCUGAGCAUAUGCAACUCUCAGAGUCCGUCAGCCGUCUACUAAAGAAAGUUUAUUUCAACCGGGAGAGACAACCACCACCUGCACAUGCUGAUCAACCAGCCAAUUCGUCUCCAUCUGGUACUUCAACACAGAGAGACCAAGAUCAUCCAGGACAUUACAGGGCGAAACUCUCGACUCUAAUACAAAAGCAAAUUAUCAGAAACCUAAAAGAAUGCUAUGAAAAUAGCUUUGUGUGCCUUUUAACAUUUGACAUGUGUUCAGAUGGAAGCUUCUGCAGAUUCCAGAGUGAAAAACAGUUCAGCACGAAGAAUGAAGCAAAGGAAUCUGCUGCAAAGCGUGCAGUACUUUCCCUAGGUGCUACUGCCAGCCAAUUGCCAAGUGCUCCCACCAGAGGCUCUCCCCUACCACAACUACCAGCUCCCACAAGAAAUUUCACCCCACCAAUAGCAGCAGCCUCUACAUGCCGUCCCAAGGAUCCAAAGACAAGGCUGAAGGAGCUUUGCGACAAAGAUCCUAAUACGUCUCAGCCUGUGUAUGAGACACAUAAGGUUAUGGAUAUGUUCCAGGCGACAGUAAAAGUUUUCGACAAAACCUACGAAGGAGAGAAGAAGACCACAAAAAAAGAAGCUGAAAAGUCAGCAGCAGAGAAAGCUCUUGCUAACUGA